UUUCACUAUCAAAGUGAGGACAUUUUGGCCGGUCCUCACUUUGAAACAGCCAUGUUUGAGGGUGAAGACUUGUUUUUAGAGAACAGGUAUGAAUUGAGGUUUGGUUAGGGUUAGGGUAAGGAUUAAGUUUAGGCAAUCAGCUGUGAUGGUUAAGGUUAGGGUAAGGCUCUAGGAAAUGCAUUACGCCUAUGGAUGUCCUCACUAAGAUAGAAGUACAAACGUGUGUGUGUGUGUGUGUGUGUGAGUGUUCAUAGAAUGCUUCUGCAGCUCUUCAUUUAUCAGCUUGUCAUGGUCACAGUGUUUAGUUUAAUGCAAAUGAAACAUGAUUGAUCUUGUGGACACAGAGAGGAGGAGUUGGGCUGGAAUAAGCAGUCAGUACAGUAGAUCUGAUCAAACCCUCCACAGAGCAGAGACACUGAGGGAGGAAGCUCUAAGAAACACUCUGAAGAUGUCAGUAAACUCCUCCUCAUCCUCCAAUGACUCCCUUCUUCAUCCAAACAUUUCCUCCAUCAACUCUGACCUCCCUUUACUCAUCUACUGUUACUUCUCCAGACCAGGCUCCUUCAUCUUAACCACAUUUUCCGUCACAGUCAUCCUCCUCCUCCUCCCUCUCUGCAUCUUCAUCAUCUACCAUGGUCUCCAACAAUGGAGACUAAAUGGCUCCACCUCCUCAGCAGCAACCAUGAGUCACUCUGACAGCUUCACCUACAACAUGGUCACCAUGGAGAUGAUUCGUGUCUCUGGGUGUGCUCUUUACUGUGGCGGUAUCACUUAUUUAAACCUAUUAAUUGUUGGGUUCUUUCUUUUUUCUUUCACCUGGUACGGUGAGAUGUUCUUCCACGUCCUGACCUGUGUGGAGCGCUACCUGGCUGUGGUUCAUCCCAUCACCUACCUGAGCCUGAGAAAAGAGAGAGGGAUCAGAAUCAGGAACAUCAGCAUCGCCUGUGUCUGGCUGCUUUGCUUUGUAAUGAUGGGUUGCAUGAUGAUGGGAAACUCAUUCGUCAUUGUGGAUUUAAGUCUCUUGACACUGUCUUUAACUAUCGUCUCCUUCUGCAGCGUUUCUGUUCUCUGUGUUCUGAUUGGUCCAGGUCCAGGGGAACAGGGUGGAGACAGGAAGAGGGUUGACCAAUCAAAGCAGAGGGCGUUCUACACCAUUAUGGUCAUACUGGGAGUAGUGGUGGUGAGGUUUUCAUGGAAUCUGGUUUGGUCUGUGCUCUCUGUGUCCGUAGGAAAUGCUGAUUGUGUGGUGUUGACCAGUGGUAUCUGGUUUAAUCUGCCCAGUGCUCUGGUGUUACCGCUGCUGUUUCUACACAGAGCAGGAAAAUUAGGUUGUUGUAAAAGAGCAUCCAAUUAGAAAACAUGCUAAAGUCAUUGAAUUAAAAUCACUUCUUUGUCUGUCGCUGGCCCAGACUCUGGAAUCAUCUGUUUGUCUCGCUCAGCUCAGCGUUCAGCACCGCCAUCCAGAAACCUCUGCUCUAAACUCUCCCAGCUUACUGUCCCAGACAUGUCAAUCUUUUUCAUUUAUAAUCAUUGUCUGUUGUACUGAUUUAUGAGACCAUUUCCUCCUUUCCUGUUGAAUUGCAUCUUUCAUUGAAAUUGUGUAGAAUAUGUUAGAUUGUAAAAAAUUGAUUGUUUUUGUUCUGUAAAGUUCUUUGUUAUGCAUUAUGUUUGCAUGAACAGUGCUCUAAAAAUAAAGCUUGAUUGAUAGAUAAA